GCCAAGUAGUAGUUGCAAAGCGGAAAGAAAAUGGCGGCCGUGGCUGCGGAGCCAGGAGCUGCUGCGGCAUCAACAACAGCGGGGGACGGGGUGGAAUACGAACCCGAGCCAGGAGAGCAUGUGGUCGACCUAGAGGCACACCCCGUCCCGAAAAUGGAGCUUUGUCACCAACCCGAGGAUGUGGAUGCAGUUCAGGAAUGCAGCCAGGUCCAACUGGAAAUCAGAAGGCCGGACCUUCAAGCCGCGGGAAAAGCCCUCGCUGCCCAUGCGGACGGUGAGCUCACCGAAACGAGGGGUUCCUGGGGCCGCUUGGACACUGCUGAGCAGCCCGUGCUUAUGGACUACAAGUGUACAGGCGUUUCUGAUUACGGGGGCUCCUUCUCGCCGAAGGUGGAGGCUGCAAACGAGGUCAGUCCUCUCGAAUCCAGCCCCUGCCUUUUGCUCCCCAGCUCCAUCUCAGACUCCCAGCACUCCGUGGUCUCCUUGCAUUCCCUUCCCUCUCAGGUUCCGUCGGAGCCUGAAACCGGACUGUCUCUGGCUGUCGAAUACGACUCCAAUCCCUUGUCAAGCCACCCUACCGAUCUGGAGUGUGAACUCAUAGGCUUCACGCAGCCUGACCCGGAGCCCGAACCCGCAUACGAUGCUCUCGGGUCGGAACUCAAAUCUCACGAGGAUGCUUUUCAUGACAUCCCGCACCCCUCAGAUCACCUGGACUGUCUGUCCAAUGCAGAGGAGACCUCGCUUGGAGAAUCGGUGGGUCAGAGCUACAUUAGUGACUUUUCUACUGUUUCUAGCAAGGACUCUCGGGGACUUCCAACGGUAGUGAAUCAGUCGCUCAUCUCAUCGGUAGAGUCAGAAGAAGUGCGCUUGCAUCCUCUUCAUCAUCAUCAUCAUCAUCAGAGCUUCAAAACGGACCUCAGCGAACCCGAGAGGGAGUCGGAGACGAAAGCCCCGGUUCUGUGUGCGGCGGAGGCCGACACGGCGGAGCGCCUGGUGCUCGGGUCCGAGGUUCGAGUCUCGCUGGAUCACAUCAUCGACGAUGCGCUCGUGGUGUCGUUUCGCUUAGGCGAGAAGAUCUUCUCCGGGGUACUUAUGGACCUUUCAAAAAGGUUUGGACCUUAUGGGAUUCCUAUAACUGUGUUCCCCAAGAGAGAGUAUAAGGACAAGCCAGAAUCUAUGCAGCUGAAGACGGAAGCAUUCCAAUCAGAGACGGAUAAGGGUGUUGCUCAAGGAACUAGUGAUGCCCCAAUUGAGGACCCUGUGGAUGCCCCGGAUGCCCCUCUGAAGGACCCUGCUGAGACUCCUGCAGCACCCCAGCCCUGUCCCAACCCUCAACCUAACCCAUGGACCUCAAAACCCCCUCCUUUGUUUCAGGAGGGGGCCCCUUAUCCACCUCCAUUGUUCAUCAGGGACACCUACAACCAGUCGUUACCUCAGCCUCUACCCCGCAAAAUCAAGCGGCCCAAGCGCAGGCUGUAUCGAGAGGAGCCCACUUCUAUAAUGAAUGCCAUCAAGCUCCGACCAAGACAAGUUCUGUGUGAUAAAUGUAAAGGGGCUGUGGUGCAAGGGGACAAGCGUGAGACACGCAGAGGCCCCAUUUCAGACUGCCGGAGUGACGAUGCCAAAAGACGGCGUAAUGACAACGCAACGGCAGCUGCUGGUAAGCGGCCCCGUAGUGAUCCACGUUCUGAAGAGAAGGGCCGUAGUACCGAUGGGCCCAAACGGCAGGGUUCAGCCAUACGGGUGUCAUCAUCCACCGCCUCUUCUCUGGGCCAUAGUCAGGUCAAAGGUGCAGCUGCAGGGAACAAAAUGGUAAAGGGGGUGUCCACUACAACAACGUCCUCGGCCAACUCUCGAGUGCAGCUCAAUGCCAAAAAAGUGCUUCAGAGCAAAAAUGUUGACCACUCCAAAGUACGAGAGGUGCUGAAGAUGGCCAAGGCUCAGAGAAGACAGAAAGAGACAGUCACAGGCAGUAGCGGAAACACCAAGGCCAUAACCAGGGCCGCAGCCCUCCAGGAAGCCCACCAGAAGGUCCACUUCACCCGGCGACUGCAGCAGAUUAGUGGAGGUCGAGGUUCCAACCCCCUGCCGCCCAGGAUGCGCAUCAAGCCCCAAAGGUACCGUAAUGAAGAGAACGAUUCUUCCUCAUGUAAGCCGCCUUGCUUGGAGAAAGUGCCGGGAGGGGGCCGUUUACCACUGCCUAAGCCAGCCGUGCCCCGCUGCACCUCCACACGCUCCUCCUCCUCCUCCUGCUCUGCUAGCCAAGUCGCCACAGCUGUAGAGCCCCAGAGGCCAGACAAACCGAUUGAGUCCCCUCUCAACCAGGCCCAACCCGAUCCCCUUCCAGCUCCGGAAUACAGGGAACCCCAGGCUGAGACAGAGGAACAGGAGGGGCGGGAGGAAAAGCGGGAGACGCGUGGGAGCAAGGCUGGUAACCUAGUGGUCUACAUGACCCUUAACCCCAGCCAGCCCGACUCCUCUAGUACAUCCAUGUGCAGCAUCGAUAGUGCAGAUGACUUAAAGUCAUCAAACUCUGAGUGUAGCUCUACCGAAACGUUUGACUUCCCCCCUCCUGGUGAUUUGCGUUCGGCCCCUGCCCCUGGCACAUCCUCCACUUUUGCCUCUGCCUCUCCCUCUGCUCCUAAGGACGACAAAAAGCGCAGUAAAUCCCUCAAAGCUACAGUCUUUUCCAAAAACGUCACAAAGUGCGUUGCCCUGGAUGGCAGGACAAUUUGUGUUGGGGACAUUGUUUGGGCCAAAAUCCUUGGCUUCCCCUGGUGGCCCGCCCGCAUCCUAGCCAUCACAGUGAGUCGCAAAGAUAAUGGGCUCUUAGUCAGGCAGGAGGCCCGGGUCUCUUGGUUUGGGUCGCCCACCACUUCCUUCCUGGCCAUUACUCAGCUUGCCCCAUUUCUAGAAAACUUCCAGUCUCGCUUUGACAAGAAGAGAAAGGGCCUGUAUCGUAAAGCCAUCACUGAGGCUGCCAAGGCUGCCAAGCAGCUCACUCCUGAGGUCCGAGCCUUGCUAACUCAGUUUGAGACGUGAGGUGAUAUGCCUUGGUAAGGUAGGCAAAACAGGCAACCGAGUUGGCCCUGUACCCCUUCUGACACAUCUCAAACUUUGCUGUACCCAGUCAGCUUUCAGAGUGAAACAGAAAAAUGUCAGCCAGGCAAAACCAGGACUAAUUUAUUUUUGUUGAGAAGGCAAGAGAAGGGGAUUGAAUUGAACGGUUUUCAUGUUAAGUAUCUAAUGUUCGCCCAUAUGUAACCGGUCUUUUGAUCUUGUCAUAUCAUCAUACCUUUAUUAUAAUGAAAAUGGAUGACAGAGAUUAGUAGGAAAAGGUUUUAUGGGUUCUUGAGUGCCCACAAUAUUUCAGUUUGCCUUAAACUGAGUUAUUCUUGGUCACUAUCUGCUGUUAAAGAUCCCUGU